GCUAAGAGGAGUAACCCUCAAACUUCGCUUUCAAUUUAGCAGUCAUGCCAGGUCGGUUUGUGUUAAAGAAAGCCAUUAAUAACCUUGCGCACCGUCUGAAUUUAUUCAGUCCUCAACAGAGCCGCUGCACUGCUCCUGUCUGAGUGCCAAGCAAGGAAAAAGCUUGGUGAAGGAGGAUGGAUGGAGUCAGCUGGAGCACCACAAGGUCCCAAGAAUCAUUCAGCCGCUCCACAUCAGCCGCAGACACUCUGUCAAGGCUUGCCACCUUCAUCGCAAAAGCAGAGACGAAACAGCACACGCGAAGCCAGAGGCAGCACCUGUCCACCUACCUGUGUCAAGAAUGUGGUAAAGGUUUCCCUCAUGCCACAGAUCUAUUGCAACACCAGGAGGCUGAACACACACUACCCAAGCCUCACCGAUGCCCCUCAUGUGGCCAGGAGUUCUCCCUGAGGUCGUCCUUACAGCUACACAAGUGUGAGUCCACACGCUGUGAGCUUUGUCAUGGGAUGUCACGGCUUGGCUCCCCCUGCUCUGCAUGCACGACUCACACCUCUGAUCCUGGAAGGCCACAAGACAAGUCACUUCACCGCCAGUCUCAUCACUUGGACUGCAGCCCAUACGCAUGCGCCCCGUGUGGGAGAGGUUUCACCCAGAAGCAGGCUCUGCUGCAGCAUCAGCAGGCGGGCUGCAAUAAGCUGCCAUCCCCGUCCGAUAUAGCUGAUGCCAGCAGGCUCCCUGAGGACUCUUCACCAGUUUCUGAGGGGGACUCCGCUCGCUCCGAUUCUUCAGAUGCUCCAGGUCCCAGUGGCCGAGCUAACAAUGUGUGCCAGCUCUGUUGCAGAAUCUUUCGCACAGAGGCCGCACUGCAACGCCAUGAAGAGGCCAGCCAUGCAGAGGAGGGGCAAAACAUCAAAGGAAGCAGCACCAGUGGGGAGAUGAGGAAAGGAAGGAAUGCCAAGAUGAAUGAAGAGCCAAGUAAGAGUUCAAAAUCCCAAAUGAAGCUUCUUAGUUGCCGCUCCUGUGACAUGGUUUUCAGGACCACCUCUAAACUGUAUGUGCACAGGAAAGAGAAGCACAGUAGAGAAAAGAACGUUAGGAGAGAGCAGAGGCCAGUCGUGAUCAAGCGGAGGAAAGCAGGCACGUAUCCCUGUCAGGUGUGUGGCAAAGUCUUUGUCCAUCAUUUGUCGCUUAGGGCACAUUACAGACAGCACACAUCCUUGAGCUUGGCUGCUAUCAAAAACAAAAGCCAGACUGUGGGAUGUACCACCAAAGACUCCAAGCUAUCAGAAAACAGACCAAAUACAGCCAAAACCGGCCUAGCUGAUAUUAAGACAGUCAGGGCUGGCCCAGGGAGGCCCAGGAAAGUUGCUGCACAUUGGACCAAGAUAGGUGAUUCAGGGAGAUGCACAGAAGUGCCUGAAGUGGAGGAGGAGGAGGAGGUGGAGAGAGAGUUCCCCUGCCCCUCCUGUGCAGAGGUUUUCUCUCUGCAGUGGCAGCUGAAGGAGCACGUGGAGCUUCACCAGACCUCCGUGAAGAGGAGACAGUGCAGUGUGUGCACCACCGAGAUGGACACAUGCAAAUGGCCCGGCUCCAAGAGGCAGAGGCUGUACCACUGUGUGCCCUGCCAGCAGGGAUUCUCUGCACUUGACUCCUUCCUAGAACACUGUCAGGAGCACCUGCGAGUCAGGGUGGAGGAGGAUAACUUGACAGAGGGCUACACGCAUCAAGCCACCAAAGCCUGACGUGUCAGUGUGAAUGUCAUCAACAACUGCCUUUUUGCCUUGAAGGGUUAGACAGCGGGGUGAUGAAAUUUCUGUGAAAUUCUUGUUGAUUCAUGAGUUCACUGAUUGAGCAUUCAGAAUAUCUUGCUUUUGUACCCAUGCUGCAGCUUUCGGUACCAUAUCAACAGUCAAAGAGAAUGUGUUGUUAAAGAAACAUAUUGCGUUUUUAUUUAGCCCUUUAACCAUAAAUCACAUUUUCUGCAGCAAGUUGUUCUCAGCUACUUUCUAGACAGUGACUUAAAAGCACAGUUAGGAAAUCAAUUUGUUCAAGAUCCAUCACAGCAGCCUUUAAGGUGAGUUUUUAAUCAGUGUUUGUACGUCUGAGAACAAGACAGCUUCUCAGAUGUGGGUGUCUAACAGAGCAGUGUUGCAUUAAUGAGCUGCAUUGUCUUGAAAUGCAACAAAGCGGGCAGAACAAAAUGUGGGCUUUUAUACACAGGAUGUGUGUAUGUUGUUUAGCAGCAGCCUUUAAGACAAACCUCAGCUUCAUUACAACUAAAAUUAUGAUAAAAGGCUAAAAUUUUCAGCAUGAAGGGCUGCUGUUGUCUGAAAAUUGAUUUUCACUCUAUAAUACACUGAAGGAUGAACAGUUUGAAGCCUGACCCCAGCACAAUGAUUUAAGCUGGGUCCCAACUCAGAAUAUCCAGACCUUUAAACCCGGGAAACCCGCUUUCAGAUCAGUGGUUGUCUGUCUUUUUACUGUGCUAUAAAAACUUGUAAAGAUUGGUUAAAUUGCACAAAUUGUUGCUUUUCUUUAUGAAGAAACUGCAGCUCAUGAUUCUGGAAGCAGGUCUCACCACCUGGCAGCCAUUGGGUAAUACCUCUAGGCAGGUAUGUUGGCAGUUUUUUAAUAGCUGCUAUCUAAGUGGGAACAGGGAGACAGCUAGCAUUAAUUUUAAAGGUUACUGAGGAAUAAAAAUUGUGGCUCUGUAGUGUAGUGGUUAACACAUGUUCUUCGCUGGUGUAAUUCGAGUAGUUCGAGUUCCCUUUGGGGUGACGUCAGGAAGGGCAUGCAGUGUAAGAUUGGCCAAAUCAAACAUACGGAGCUACGCACUGUGUCGAUCGUUCAUGAGAAAGGAGCAGCUGAAAGUAGCGUUUACUGAGGAAUGAAAACUGCACAUACACAAUCAUUCACAUCCAAUAGAAAAACCCUUAAUCCAGAGUGCCUACUUGUUAAAAAUAAAUGUUCAUGCUGUAGUUUCUUCAUUUUUCUUACAAAUUUUUUUAUGCCUGCCAGGUCAUUAACUGCACAUAUAGAAUCACCAGGUAGAUUUUAAAAAAUGAUACGUGUCAGCAUUUAAACCCAGGAUGCUGACAUGAGCACCUUCUCUGUUUCAACCCAUCAAAGCUCAACAGAUGCCAUGUUAAAAGAUGUGGAUACACAAAGCCAGGAAAAGUAAGGAUACUUGGCUGAGUUUUAACUAUAACAAAUAGAUAUCCCUGUCCCCACACAGCCGAAACUAUGGUCAACAUCAGUUCCAUGCAUUCGUCACUGCAACAUGAUUGGUUCAUGUUUCCACCUAGGCUGUUGAUUGGCUCUCUUGUCUAAUGACAUCUUCAUUUAAAACCUACCUGAUGUGGAGGAAAAGCAUAGAGAUCCUAUAAAGGUUCCUGGUCCCUGGGAAAAGUUCCUGCAGUGUAGAUCCAGCUGUUAGUUUGGGCUUUCCAUUGCUUAUCAACUGAUGCCACCAUUUCAUCCUGAUCAACCUCGUUUUCCAAAAAUGUCUUGGGAUUAAAUCACAUGCUCAAAGUGAAGCUAAGCUCGUCUUUGCUUCAGGGUGUUUUUGAGGAACGAGGCCGUCUGCACAGCCGUGGUACGUUCUAACCAGAACACUACCUGCUCUGAUACACUGUUUGCUGUUUGCCUACUUUAAAAAACAAAAGAAAAAACUUUUGUCUGCUGUAUUUUCCUCAUUUUUUCAUACAAAUUUGGCAAUAAUUAUAGAUGGAUUGUGGUGUGUGAGUUUUGUUGUGUUGUCAGUCGUCUUGUGUGUUGAACCCAGGUCUUGGCAGCGCUACUUGGAGCACCGGGGUGGAGGUUCAUUUCUUUGCUCAAGAGAUAAAUGCAGCCCCGUGUCUGAGUGAGGUCACAGUGUGUAAUGCUGUUUGUUUACAUUCUGGUUCUCAAGAUUUCAUCACGGGGGAGAUGUCACCCUAAUCUAUACACUGAACAAACUUGGCUUUUAUGGAUAACUCUGAAACAAUGCCUUUCAUUAUGGCCCGGCUUUUUAGCUUGCAUGAGCUUGGGUCGUGUUUCCUAACUAUGCAAAUAGAUGGCAGCCUUUCGGUAUGUCUGUGAUGCUCAAUAAGUGUGCUUUGGUGAAUGAAAUUGAAUCAACAUGAUUUUUUUUUUUUUCUAAAGUAUUUUCAGCUACUGUUUUCAAAAUGCGACUGUGAACAUGUAGAAGAUGCGUUUCUAGGUUUUGAAGUUUCUACUUUUCUGAGGUCUUUUGUAAGUGGGUGUGUAUGGCUCUUUGCAGAUGACAUAAAUAAAACUUAACAGAUUUUUGGUGUUUUUCAUACUGUAUAACUGAGAA